AUGUCUCGGCGGCCAAGUUCAUCAUCUCCGACUUCCUCUCCUCGACUGGCCAAACGACCACGGCUGGAAUACGAGCCUUUGACUCCUGAUGAUUAUAAAAAUGGGGUCAUGCUCGCUCCUAUGGUCAGAUCAGGCAGCUUACCCACCCGACUAUAUGCGCUGAAGCACGGUGCGUCUCUCGUAUGGAGCCCUGAGGUCGUCGACAAGGCGAUAUUGCACUCCGAGAGGGUAGUCGAUCCCGUCACCGGGGUAGUCUCGUACAAUGGCAAGUCAAAAGCCAUCUUCACCACCCACCCCAUCGAGAAGCCCUACCUCAUCUACCAGAUCGGAUCCUCCGACCCCGAGACCGCCAUACAGGCGGCCAAGAUCGUCAUGCAGGAUGUCGCGGGCUUCGACCUCAACUGCGGGUGCCCGAAGCCCUUCUCCACACAUGCAGGCAUGGGCGCUGCGCUCCUCACGAAUCCGGACCUCCUCUGCGCGAUCCUUACCGCCCUGCGGCAGGCCAUGCCGCCUGAGAUAUCGAUAUCCGCGAAGAUCCGCCUGCUGCCAACCCAGGAGGACACGCUGAAGCUGGUAGAGCGCAUCGUGAAUACUGGCGUGAGUGCGCUCACCGUGCAUUGCCGCACACGCAACAUGCGCCAGAAGGAGAAGGCCGUCAUUGGUAGGCUGCGCGAGAUCGUAGAGUUUGUGGAGGGCAUGGGCCGGGGCAUUGCUGUGAUCGAGAAUGGGGAUUGUGAGGGAUAUGAGCACUCGCAUAAAAUUCGUGAGAUGACUGGUGCGCAUUCGACGAUGAUCGCAACUGCCGCAGAGGCAAAUCCUACAUGUUUCUCACCGGCGCCGCUGGUAGACCUUGAGAAUACGUUCAUCCCAUCAUACAUGAGACUAGCGAGAUACCUCGGCAACCACUGGUCGAACACCAAAUUCUGCACCACCCAAUUCAAAGGCAUACACGUCGCUGGCUCACGAGCAGGCCUCAAGACGUUCAGGGAAACCAUCGUGCAUGCAAAAUCGUACGAGGACAUGGACCCACACAUCGCGCCUUGGACAGGUGAGGAGGUGUUCGCGCAGAUCGUCAGGGCACUAGAGAAGCGCAGUGGGCGGCGCCACCUGCAGGCCCUGCCCGAGGUUGUUUUAGAUGCGCAGCAAGAAGAGGCGAAGGAGAACGCGUCCGCACGCAAUGUUCUGGAGCAGACGAUUGAGAAGACCCCCCUUGUCGGUGAGGUGGAUCCCACCAUUCUUAGAGCACCUCUUUGGCCCGCAAACGAGCUUCGUAUACCGCUGCCUGCUUUUGUCACCGGUGAAGACGUACCUACACCGUCACCGACACCCGCGCCCACAGCACCAAGGAAUAGCAUCUUGUUUCUUGCCUCUGCGACGUAA